UGGUUUACUGCGGAGUACUCCAUAUAAAAUAUAAAUAGUCUUUACUCUCGUCACACAUAUUGUUUUUAAUCCACAAAUGAUCCUUAAUUAAUUUAUAUAACAAUAAUUAAGGAGAGGAUGUGAUAAGCUAAGAUUGACCAAAAUCCUUAGUUACACCCUUAAUUGGAUAAAUAUCUUCCUAAAUCAAUCUUGAUAUUCUCUUUAAUAGUAUACUCUACACGAUCCUAGCAUUACUCGAUCUCCUCAUUGUAUAUCUUUUCCAAAGUUUUUUUUUUUUCUUUUUUUUUUUUUUUUUUGUACAACGAUAUUUUUUCCAAGUUGUUGAGAUCAUUUGUGACGUUGAUAGGAAGUGCCAUUUGGCAAGAGGGAAAUAGGGUUGCCGUUUGUUUUUCUUCUUUUCAAUUCUCGGUAAGAUGGACGGUGAAUACGGCGGCGUAUCAUCCCUUGCGCAACCACUCGUGGAGGAAUUAGAGGCGGCGACGACAACCGAUGAUAAAUAUAAGGUGUCCGUUGAAGAAUCCAACACCUCUUUCUCCAAAAGUCUAUUCAAUUGUGCCAACACUAUCUUAGGAAAUGGAGUUCUGAUAGUCCCCUAUGCAUUAGCUGCUGGAGGUUGGUGGAGCUUAGCAUUGCUUUUCAUUAUAUCUGCGGCAGCUACCUACACAGGCUUACUAAUAAAGCGAUGCAUGGAGGCGGAUCCAAGGAUCAAAACUUACACACACAUAGGAGAAUAUGCUUUUGGAGAAAUCGGCAAAGUAAUCGUAACCAUCAUUUUAUACGCAGACCUUUAUAUGGUCACUACAGGGUUCUUGAUCAUAGAAGGUGAUAAUCUACACAACUUAUUCCCAAACUUAUCACUUGAAGCAUUCGGAUUCUCAAUUGACGGAAAAUCAACCUUGAUCAUUAUCGUCGCUCUAGUUCUUCUCCCUAUAAUUUUGUUGGAUAAUAUAAGCAUUUUGGCCUACAUCUCUGCUACCGGCGUCUUCGCUUCUGUUUUGAUUCUUGUAGCCGUAGUAUGGGUUGGAGUAUUUGAUGGUAUUGGAUUCCAUCACGUAGAAGAUUCGGCUUUCGAAUGGAAAGGAAUCCCAACUGCUAUCAGCUUAUACAUGUUAUGUUUUAGUUCGCAUCCUGUUUUUCCUGCCUUGUACACUUCGAUGCAGAAAAAACAAGAUUUCUCCAAGGUUUUACUCCUGUGCUUCACACUCUCCACCUUCAUUUACGUUUCGAUGGCAGUUUUCGGGUACUUGAUGUUCGGCUCAAGUGCCGAAUCACAGAUAACUUUAAACCUUCCAACAGACAAAGUAAGCUCGCAAAUAGCAAUCUACACCACAUUGAUCAGUCCUAUUGCAAAAUAUGCAUUGAUAUUUAAGCCUAUUGUUAUUUCGACGGAAUGUUGGUUUUCGAUUGAAUACCAAAAGAGAAAGUGGUUUAAGGUUACAAUUAGAGUAGCAUUGCUCGUUUCACAAGUUGUUGUAGCGUUGACUCUUCCGUUUUUCGGAUAUCUCAUGUCGUUGACUGGAGCGUUGUUAUGUGCUACGGCGUCGUUUGCAAUGCCAUGUUUGUGUUAUUUGAAGAUUUCAAGUACUAAUGGUAAGUCUAGUCGGGGAUUCGUUGAAUGGUUCUUCAUUUGGGGCAUUGUAUGUUUAAGUAUUAUGAUACUCAUGUCCGGUACAUACACCUCAAUUGUUGAUAUAGUGGCAAAAGUCACACCUUGAUUCAUUACUCUGAUUUUUUGUGCUUUUUAUAAAUUUUGUGGUUGUGUUUUGAAAUGAAUUUUUAAGUACUA